GGUUCAUGAUCCUCAAAUUUCUUUUGUGGGUGCCGGUUUGCAUGCUGGACACUGACAAGAACCAUCUCGUUAACCCACGAUCAUGACACACCGUAGAUCCGAAUCUCAUUGGAUGCCUAGUAAUCAAGAUAAUUGCAUACCGAGGCCACGAUCUUCAGGGGUCUCUGGAUGCCCAUACUUAUAAACUCGUUGUAGGAGUGGCCCCAGGUCUUACUAUCAUAUCUAUCCAUAACCAAUGUCUGUCAUCAAAAAGCUACAAGAAACCUGGACUUCGAGUUCCAUCACGACAUUAUUUCGUAUAGGCUCCUUGGCCAGUACCCCUUCCAGGCAGGCUUUUCAAUCCCCGGUUGCGGGUUUCAGCUGGCGUCUGGUUGUUCAUCAUGGUAGAGAGCCACCGCACCGCCCCAAACAACGGCUUGUUAGACCUUCGAAGUACCAGCUAUUUUUCAACUCUUGUAACUGUCCCGGUACAUGGCAUGGUACACCGGUCAAAGUUACGGUUUCUAUUCCGUCGCAUCUUGAUAGCGACACACCCUUCUGCAUCAAUCCUAUUGGCACGGUCCUGGGCACUGAGCUGCUCAUUAGUACAUGUUCCGGUCUGCAGCUUCAGGAUGCUCUCGUUUCAUUGGAGGUCACCUUUACCAACCCACUGACGUGCAAUCUACUCGAUGUACUUGCCAACGGUGUGCUUAUACCAGGCGCACCGCUGGCAACCAGCGCUAAAGAGCCCUUCGUGCCUCAGGCCUGCUGUGCCCUUCGUGCCCUCGAGCAAUCGCUCAAGACAGGGACAUCAUUUGACGUAGUAUUCCAAGCUUACACUCGUCGUUUGUCUCCUGGAAGCGUCACCAGACCAAUUCCGAUCUAUGCAAACACCGCUGUGCUGCAAACCACAACAAUUUUACCAGAUUUCGCCGAAGAAGACCUUGAUUUCUCCUCCCUCUUUGAACUGUCUGAAAGCGACACUCUCCCUUUUAUUUCCCUGGAAAGUUAUGAAUACGAAUCUGACAGCGAUCUGGAAGACGAUAGCGAUAAUCACAGCGGUAACAGCAGCAACCACAACAAUCUGGCGGUGGUGCAACCUGCGGAGGAAUUGGUCACUGGUGAUGAAGCUGCAGCAAGUCAUGACGAGCGAUCUCUCACCCCAGAAUCUCCUGAAGGUUUGUUUAUCUGUUAAAGCUUUAAUCUUAUUGCUUCAUCGAUUAUAAUUCGAAAGAUACGACUGAUAUUGGUUCAAUCUCGUCUUUCUCCAACCUAGAAGGUACUGAAACGCCAAACGUCAUAUGUAUGUCGAAUUAACGUUGUUAUGUACAUCAGGAAAUCGUGAGUUUACUUAAUCCUUACUUAUUUCGACCUUUUCCCACUUAUUUACAAUGGAUCUACUUUUUUUCUGAAAUUUGACAACUGCUUUAAAAUUGAGUAUUACAAUAUGUUUGUUGGGCCUGAG